UGUAUAUAACAGCGGCGGUUUUGUUUGUGGUUGUGUAAAGUGUGAAGAAGCGUUGAAGGAAACGAGGGCGACUUUAGCACCCAAAGGCUAAAACGUAUAUAAACACUAAAAUGGCGUCCGUAAACAUGACCAGCUUAGGAGCCAACCAACUGAAAAACACUACGACUGGAGAGAUGGUGGAGAUUGGUUCUCUGUGGCGGGAGCAGACAGUUGUUCUCUUCUUCUUGCGGAGGUUUGGCUGUCAGGUGUGCCGAUGGAUGGCAGCGGAGAUCAGUAAACUGGAGAAAGACCUGAAAGCACAUGGUGUUGCUCUGGUUGGCAUCGGACCUGAGGAGACCGGAGUGAAGGAGUUCAAGGAUGGGGGGUUCUUCAAGGGUGACAUCUACGUUGAUGAGAAGAAACAGUGUUACAAAGAUUUAGGCUUUAAAAGAUACAAUGCCAUCAAUGUGGUUCCAGCUGCCAUGGGGAAAAAAGUACGAGAAAUUGCCUCAAAGGCGAGUGCAGAAGGAAUUCAAGGGAACUUUACUGGAGAUCUUCUUCAGAGUGGAGGCAUGCUCAUCGUCGCAAAAGGUGGAGAGAAAGUUCUGCUGCAUUUUAUCCAGAAAUCGCCUGCAGACAAUCCACCUCUAGAGGAAAUCACUAAAGCUCUCGGGAUCUCUGCGAACGUCCAGGCGGGGGAAAAACCACAGUGCAAUGAAGAUGUUUGCACGAGAUAAAGGAUUCGUUGUUCUUCAUGGAAGACAAAUUAACUGUGAUUGCUGGUUAUCCAGUGGUUGGAUUCAUUUUAUUUUGACUUGGAUCAUUUGUUUAUGUGAUGCAUAGUAAUAAGAUGUUAUGCUAAAAUACAACGCACUGAUCAUUUUGAAAAUUUAAACAUUUUUAUAUUCACUGCAAUCUUGUGUUGAUUCAACAUUAAUAUUGCUUUAAUCAUGAUGAACUCAAAUUAAUCAACCAACAAAAAAAGUAGCAUUUUGUCAAUUAAUCUAAAAGGUAUUACAUUAAUGAGAAUCAUUUAUAAACCCAUAUUUAUUAUGAUUUAUUGUCAGACACAUCUGACCAAAUGUUAAUGGAACGUUGUGUAAACGUUGACAUUUUGAACAUGUAUAUAUUAAAAUCACUUACCAAAGCAUAUUUGUGUUUUUAUGUAUGAAUGUGAACAAAUAAACAUAAAACUGCACAAACAA